AUGCCACCACAAGAAAUUAGUAAAUUAUGGGUUAUGAUAAUGGAUGAGUAUCAAGAUAUUGACAACAUCGAUGCAUUCUAUGAUUAUCUAACAAAUACCUGGAUAGAUAAUGAUGCAUUAUUUGAUUAUACAUUAUGGAAUUAUUAUGAUUUUGAAAGUUUACGUACAAAUAAUAACCUUGAAGGAUGGCAUCAUAGACUUAACAAUGAUUUAAAUAAUGUUGUUCAUCCACAUUUUUACAUGUUUAUUCGUGCAAUUCAAAAUGAUUAUGCUUAUAAUUCUGCAAUAUUAUCGCGUUAUGUACAAACUGGUGCAUUACCUCCACGCAAAAAAUUAUAUGUUAAUCGAAACGCGCGAUUGAGUAAUUUAGAAGAACGUUUUAAACAACAUACAUUAAUAUUAGAUGAGUAUCUUGCUAAAGUCAUGCAAUUAAUAGGAAUAAAAAAAUAUUAG